AGGAAUUGCACGCCACUUGAAUGCACUGAAAUGAUCAGAUGUUACUGUAACCGUGGAAGGCUGUGCCCUCGCGUCAACACGGCCGAAAGUCAGGCCUUUUUCCAAAUGUCUCGAGUUGCGCGCAUCCAAGCCACUCGCGAAAUUGGGAUAAGACAGAGACGUCGCUCUAUCCUUCCGUUGGUAUUCCACGACACAUCACCUUCGAACAUGCCACCACCAUAAUCCUGUGGCAAUAUCUCAACAACUCAAUCGACUGUCGAUACCUUCGUCACGAUGAAGCUGCUACUAAGGCAGAUCGGCGUUCUGGUGGAGAAGGACCUCUACCUCCUCUUCAACCCAAAGAGCCGCAUCAGUACACUAUGGCGCGCUAUCUGGAUCCCAAUCAUCUUCGCGAUGUAUAUGUCAUUCAUCCUCAAGGUGUACUGGCCGAAUGAGGAAUAUGGCAUAGGUGCACCAACCCAAGUACGCUCCCUGACCGACGCGAUGCAACAUGCGACAGGAGGCCGCGAUACCUUCGUCAUGGUCAACCCCGUCAACCAAGGUGGAGAUAUCGACCGUGUCAUCCAAUUGAUUGCUCAACCUCUUAAGUCCUCUGGUAAAACGAUCAAGAUCACCAGCGAUGUCCUCGAUAUGAUUCAGACAUGCCAAAGCAGUCUUCAAGGCACCACAAAAUGCUUUGGCGCAGUGGUCUUCAACUCCUCACCCAAGGAGGGACCCUGGGGCGUUUGGAACUACACCAUUCGCUCUGAUGCUUCCUUCGGGGUCAAUGUCAACAUGAAAAAGACGACCAACGAUGUAGAAAUCUACCAGAUUCCCCUGCAGCGCACCAUUGAUGCAGCGAUUGCCACCGUCAACAGCACAGGAGACGCUGUCGCACUUGCAUCAGUCGAUGAGUAUCCUUUCACGUCCCAGACCCAGCAAGAAUGGAAGGACGGGAUCACAGUCUCCAUCCAAAAAGCUAUCUACGGCUACAUCUCCAUCGUCUGGUACAUCGGCUUCGUCGGCGUCAUGUACCAACUCGUCGGACUGAUGGCCAAGGAACGAGAGUUCGGGAUGUCAGAUCUGGUCGAGUCCAUGAUGCCCAAUGUUCGUCGCUGGGAACCUCAACUUGCUCGACUGAUCGCUCAUCAUAUCGCUUUCACUUUCACUUAUGCCCCCAGUUGGAUUCUCAUGGCCGUAUUCUUCAAGAUUGGACUCUUUCCUCAUGGCUCCAUCGGAAUUCUAAUCAUCUUCUUCAUCCUGGCAGGUCUGGCCCUCACAUCCUGCAGCAUAUUCGGUGCUGCAUUCUUCAGAAAGGCUCAACUCAGUGGUAUUUCGACAGUGGUCUUGAUCUUGAUCCUCGGAAUCAUCGCUCAGAUCGAAGCGAAGAAGAUGAGUGCAGCAGCGAUCGCAAUCACAGGACUGCUCUUCACUCCGAUGACGUUCGUCUUUUGCCUCUCAUCCAUCGCAAGAUUCGAAUCACAUAAGGUCCCGAUAAACCUCCUCCGCGUUGCUCCCGACAGCCCCUGGAAGCUUGCUCCAGGCGUCUUUUGGAUCUUCUUUAUCAUUCAGAUACUCGCAUAUCCUAUGUUUGCCGUAUACACUGAACGAUGGUUGUAUGGCACUGCUUCCAAACGGUCCCGGCGAGAGGUUUCUUGGGAUGAUGGUGAGAAGACGACUCCUGUCCAACUGACGAACUUCCGCAAGGUUUACCAAAAGAACUGGUUCUUACGCACCGUGGAAUCUAUCAUGGGACGCAAGUCCACACCAGUCGUCGCAAUUGAUGACCUUUCUAUCAAUGCUCUUCAGGGUCAGAUCAUGGUACUGGUUGGAGCAAAUGGGUGCGGAAAGACAACGGUACUAAACGCCAUUGCCGGGUUGAGUAGCAUCACUGGUGGCUCGAUUUCCCUCGAUGGCUCUGGAGGGAUUGGAUUAUGCCCUCAAAAGAACGUCCUAUGGAAUGGUCUCACUGUCGAGCAACAUGCGAAGAUAUUUUACACAUUGAAGACGGUGAACCCAGGAGAUAUGAAGGCGGAUAUUAGCAGACUAAUCGACCUCUGUAGUCUUGUGGACAAGAGGAAAUCAUACGCAAGAACACUCUCAGGUGGACAGAAGCGAAAGCUACAGCUGAUCAUGAUGCUGAUUGGAGGAAGCCGUGUCUGCUGUGUCGAUGAAGUUUCUGGAGGCCUCGACCCACUCUCUCGUCGUCGUGUUUGGGAUAUCCUUCUCGCUGAAAGAGGAAGAAGAACGUUCAUCCUUACGACUCAUUUCUUGGAUGAAGCAGAAUACCUAGCUGAUCACAUGACCAUCAUCUCCAAAGGUCGCUUGAAGGCUGAAGGGUCAACCUCCGAACUAAAAGCCCGACUCGGGAAUGGAUAUCGAUUCUCGGUCCCUCCUGGAACUGAGAACCUUGGUGAAAACGACGUCACGGGGCUGUCCGCGGGGCUGUCAGGGAAAUUGCAUGCUGAAGAGACAUUUGCCACUACCGAUACACAAGUUGCUAUGGAAAAGAUCAAGAGCUACAGAGCCGCUGGGGUCAAGAAUUACCAGAUUGCCGGACCGACAAUUGAGGAAGUUUUCAUGAAGCUGGCAGUCGAAGAAGACGCCAACACCGAACUCGGAGAACAAGUCGCACACGAGCACUUCCUAUCGCCAUCACCUCCUUCCGGAGCAGAGGGUCAUGAAAAGGGGUCUGUCCUCGUCGAUGUCAAGAGUGCCGAUUCAAAUCUCCUCACCGGUCGUCGCAUUGGCUCCAUUCCCCAAGCUUGGAUUUUGAUUAAGAAACGAAUCCUAAUUCUGCGUUGGAAUUGGGCCGGUUACCUCGCGUGCUUCUUGAUUCCCGUAAUUGCAGCAGGCAUGGUCACUCUCCUCUUGAAGCACUUCGAGAAUCCUGGCUGUGCUUUCUUGGAUCAGAUUUCGCUUUCCGACACCUUCAACUUGUCAGAUACUCUCAAACCUGAGUUGGUGAUUGGACCUCCAGAUGCACUCACAUCGCAAAGGCUGGAGCUGUUCUCGAGAUCUCUCCCGAAUAGUACGGAGGGAGUGAACGUCAGCACGCUCUUUGGGUCCGUUCACCUCGUUGAUACCCUCAAAGACUUCAACGAUUUCGCCAAUAGCAACUAUUCGACUAUCGUGCCAGGCGGUAUGUACCUCGGAGGUGCUGGCGAGAUCCCAACCUUUAACUAUCGGUCCAAUAUUGGCACUCUUGGAAUCUAUUCCGCGAUAUAUCUGCAGAAUGCGAUGGAUAUCGUGCUUACAAACCAGUCGAUUAUCACUUCAUAUGCUGUUUUUGAUAUUCCAUGGCCAUCGAAGACUGAGGAUUCUCUGCAGUUUGUCUUCUACUUUGGUCUUGUGAUGGCAUGCUACCCAGCGUUCUUCGCUCUGUAUCCUACGAUUGAGCGCCUGAGAGGAGUCCGGGCCCUACAAUAUUCGAAUGGUGUUCGAAGUCUUCCCUUAUGGCUCGCAUACCUGAUAUUCGACGGAACGAUUGUUCUUUUUAUCAGCGCACUCAUAACCAUUAUCUUUGCCGCAACCGUACCCAACGCAUGGUGGAACCUCGGCCACCUCUUCGUCUGUCUCUUCCUUUACGGGAUUGCAUCAAUCCACUUAUCUUACACCAUAUCCCUCUUUGCAAAAUCACAACUCGCAGCGUUUGCAUUCUCUGCCGGGGGCCAAGCCCUGAUGUUGGUGCUCUACAUGACCGCAUACAUGACCAUCAGCGCACGAUCCCCUCCGGACCAAGUGGUGAACCAAAUCCUCCUCGUCCACUUCACACUCGGCCUCAUCACGCCAAUCGGCCAACUAACCCGUGCAAUGAUUAUCGGCCUUAAUCUCUUCUCUGUGCUCUGCGUCGAUGCACCUCCAGUCAAGUCAACUCAUCCAGCAAACAUCAAGUUCUACGGCGGGCCCAUCGCCUACCUGAUCGGGCAAUCCCUAUUCCUCUUCGCCCUCUUCAUCUGGUACGACCACAAAUUCGCCAUCAAAGGGCUCCACCGCCGCCGACAUACCCACCCCGCUCCCGAUCUGGAAGACACAAACACCAUCGAACCGGAAGUCUCCUCCGAAAGUGCUCGUGCGGCGACCUCAGACGAUGGGUUGCGCGUCCUGCAUGUGAGCAAACAGUUCAAGUCCCUCGCAACCGGAACCGUCACCGCGCUCGACAAUUGUACCUUUGGCGUCAAGCGCGGCGAGGUCUUCGCGCUUGUAGGACCCAACGGCGCCGGCAAGUCGACCACGAUCUCCAUGCUGAGAGGCGAGGUCAAGCCUGAUAGAGGAGAGAUGUACAUCCUUGACAACCCUCUUCGCUCCGCUCUCGAACUCGCGCGCUCCCAUCUCGGCGUCUGCCCGCAACAUGACGCACUAGAUCAAAUGACAGUUUUAUCACACUUGCGGUUUUAUGCCGGGAUAAGAGGCGUCACGAAUAUCGAGCAGAAUGUUCAGAGCUUAAUUAAAGCAGUGGGAUUAGCGCCGUUUGCGAAUAGAAUGGCGAACAAGCUUUCCGGUGGCAAUAAACGGAAACUCUCUCUCGCCAUCGCGCUGAUUGGGAAUCCGGAGUGUCUUUUGUUGGACGAGCCGAGUAGUGGGAUGGACCCGCUGGCGAAGAGGAACAUGUGGAGGACUUUGUCGCGCUUCGUUCCCCACAGAUCCAUCUUACUCACCACCCACUCGAUGGAGGAAGCAGACGCCCUCGCCGACCGCGUUGGUGUUCUCGCCAAGCACGUCCUCGACAUUGGUACCACCAGUCAUCUGAGGACGAAAUAUGGAUACGGAUACCACAUUCACCUGGUUUUGAAAUCCGCGCCGAACUCGACACCGGAAGAGAUGAACGCGGUCAAGGCAUGGGUCGAGGAACGCUUUCCUGGAGCAGAAGUGGAGCGAGACGCCUGGCUCGGACAACUCCGCUUUAACAUCCCCUCAACCUCUCCGCUUCCCGCCCCAGCCUCCGACUCUGACCUCACUCCCACCGAAACUCCCACCAAGCUCGAGAAGGCAGAGGAGCCGCCGUCUGUGGGGAGUUUGUUUGUGUUGCUGGAAGAGAACAGAGAGAAAUUGGGGUUGGAAUACCAUUCAGUGAGCGUGAGUACGUUUGAUGAGGUUUUCUUGAAGGUUGUUAGGCGGCACGGGGUAGGCGAGGAGGAUCAUGCGGAAGCGAAUCGGUGGAAGAAGUUGAUGCUUGCGUUGAAGGUGCUAUUCCCUUGGAUGUUUUUGUUUUAGAUCUUCGUGGGGAGAGUAAAAAGGAAGAAAAAGGCAAUGGGGGAGGAGAGUUGGGGGUUAAUGAGGAGGGAAUGGUGUCAUGUCGUUUUUGCCUGUUUUUAUUUUUUAUUUUUAUUUUGCUGUAGCAGUUUGACGAUUGCUUGUUUGUGUAGAUACCAGAUUGCAAAUUAAUUAAUAGACCUCUCAGCACGUGGAGAU